AUGCUGAAUCUCAGACAGUUUGCGAUCAAGUUCCUCAAAGCCAGAUUGGGUAACGGGACACAAAUAAGUUUUUGGUAUGACGACUGGACGCCUUAUGGCCCUCUGAUUGAGUUUCUUGGGCCUACAGGACCAUAUCAAACAGGAAUUCCUCUCCGAGGGAAAGUGGGGCAAGCUUGUUCUGCUUCGGGGUGGAGAUUUAGACCAGCCAGGUCGACCAAAGUUGAGGAGCUUCAAAUAUAUUUAACAACGAUCGAGCCUCCCAUCCUCUCCUCCUUGCCAGAUAACUACUACUGGCAAAUUGGGUCUGAGAAGCUGCAACAAUUUUCCACAAGCAAAACGUGGGAGGCGAUAAGGCCAGCACAAGUUCCACCCACCUGGGCUAGACAAGUCUGGUUUAAAGGAGCAAUACCUAGACAUGCCUUCAUGAUGUGGCUCAUGAACCUGGAUAGGUUACCAACAAGAGAGAGACUAGUGCAAUGGGGGUAUCAAAUUGAGGAAAAGUGUUGUUUAUGUGGUCUGAUGCAGGAAACCCGAGAUCACCUUUUUCUCCGAUGCGAAGUCAGUGAGGAACUAUGGGUGGGGGUGACAAGUCGUAUCGGAUAUAGACCCUUCUCUUUCCACACAUGGGCAGCCUUGUCAGCUUGGUUAGACGUGGGGGAUGAUAAAGCACCAAAGAACCGCCGCCGGUUAGUUGCUCAAGCAACACUUUAUGUUAUAUGGCAAGAGCGCAACAGCAGGUUUCACAACCACAUCUCCACGGAUGUUCGUGUUUUAUUUAAGGGACUUGAUCGACUAAUCAAAGACGCUCUUCUAGCCAAACAAAGGAGGAAGAAGUUCAGGGACUCAAUGGGGAUCUGGUUAAAGUAUACUUACUGA